AGGGCCCACAGAAAUGCCUUUCCAAGGGAGACUUUGUCAUUUCGUCCUCCACUUGCAAAAAUAAAGUAGACAAUCCAUUGGCUUUAUUGUAAAAGGAAAACAUAUGGUUGGUCAAUAAUGAAUAAUUUAUCUCUCAGUCUUCUAAACUAGCCCUGCUCUGUUUCAGCCAUUCUUCCAGCUUAGUUUAUCUUUAUCUGCAAAAAUCUAGUAGCAAAAACUUAACUGUGAUCACCAAAGAUGGCUUAUGCUGCUCUUCUUUCCCUCGCCCGAACCACUGGAGAAAUAAUCUUGGAUCAAGAUAGAUAUUCCAUUUUUUGUAAUAAAAAACAACAAAUUCGAUCUAUCUAUGAACCAUUUAUUUUCUUGCAAGAGUUUCUUGAAGAUUUUCCCGAGAAAGCCAACAUCUUGGAUGGGCGAAUUAGAGAUUUAGCAUAUGAAGCAGAACAUAUUAUUGAGUCUUUCAUAUUGGACGAAGCUCCAUCACAUUGGUGGAACGUUUUAGCUGCCAAAUCAAAGCUAAAAUGGCAAAUAAGAAAGAUAAGAAACGAAACAGAUUCAAUCAUAAGGGAGGUGAUGAUCAUCAAGAAUAACAAUGCAGUUGCAGUACAACUUGGUGCUUCUUCUUCCGCAGCAGCAGGUUCACCAUCCAGAUCUGCACCGAUCAUCAAGAUUGGCUAUAUGGUUGGUUUACAUGAAGAUUUGCUAACAAUAAAAUCUCGACUCUGUGGAGAAUCGCCAAAUUUAGAAGUUAUCCCAAUCGUUGGAAUGGGAGGUAUAGGAAAAACUACUCUUGCAAAGUGUGUUUACGUCUUUACGACGACCCACUAA